AUCGAUGGGUGGGAGACCAUACUACAAGUCAAUUAUCUGGCAACAUCAUUGCUGUCAUUGCUCCUCAUUCCGCGACCAGUUGCUGCGGGGAGAAAGUCUUCAACACCUUCACGGAUGGUAAUUGUGUCCAGUGAUGCCCUCUACUGGAUUACACCUGCAAAAGAGAUCGAGACUUCCUCGAAACCACCUGAAACGCUGAGCAGCGAAGAGUGGUGCAUCCCCAAGCACAAAUCCCGGUAUCAAGAGUCAAAGCUGUUCAACUUCUUUGUUCAUGCCUCGACGAACAGGUUGCAAUCCGUCACACCACUCACUGCCGUAGCCGUGACCCCAGGAUUCUGUUAUUCACAACUACGUCCGCUUGCCAUUCAGGAGCGUCUCCUGGCUUGGACGGCUGAACAAGGCAGCCGUCAGCUUGUAUUUGCUGCGGUGGGCGGACGAGACGAUGAAGAGAAUAUGAAAGGCGGAUUCGUAAGCCAUGGUCGCCUUGUGCAGGUCGCCGAUUUUGAGCGACGAGGGUCAUGA